GUCUAUUAUAGAGGUCAUAAUAGCACGGAUAAGCUUCUCUGCAUCUGAUGUCGACAGUAUAUGGCGUAUUUUUGAGAUAUUUCUAAGAUGGAAGAAUGUUGUGCAGCAAAUGUUGGAAAUAUGACUAUCGAAGGAUAGAUUGCUUUCAAACAUCACACCUAGCUUCUUGUCUGUGGAAGACGGCACCACAGUGCAGGUAUCUAUGGGCAACUUGUAAUCAGACAUAUUUUGUUUGUCUUAUUGGAGUUUAGCAUAAUGCAAUUAUUUGCCAUCCAGUCACUAAUAUCGCUAAUACAGUCUGUUAGCUUAGAAAACUGGUGGGUUUUGCUAGGAUGAUGUAAAGCUGGGUAUCGUUUGCAUAGCAGUGAAAACUUAUGUUAUUUUUCCUGAUGAUGUCUUCUAAAGGCAACAAAUAUAACAGGAUAAGAACAGGAUAGGACCUAAAACGGAUUCCUGCGGUACACCAGUAAGGAGCGCCACAUUUCCGGCUAAGAGGUAUUCAGGCCAAUCACAACAAACAGAUUAACUGGCCAAUCAGGGACACAGAGCUUUUCAAAUCGACGAGUUUUGUGUAAAAUCCGUGCGUUUGAGGAAGACAGAGAUAUCUGGGGCAACAAAAAUUUACGGUAUGUAGAAAAUAAUGUGUUUUUGCAUCAUAAACCAUGCAAACACAUUGUAAUAUACCAAAUACACAAAAUGACCUUGUUUUUUAGCAAUGAAAUAGGUGCACUUUAAGAAUGCAAUUGACCAGUACAUGCAAUUGACUUAUUGACUUCUGCAUUGAAUUUCGACUGUCACUCCUGAAACUUUGUGGUCAAAUUUCUUUUUGCAGUUUCCUCCACUAAAGGUGGCCAGGUUGCAGUAACUGAGGCCGUGUUCUGGUGGGGAAGUGAUGUCAUACCCUCUAAAGUGGGAAGUUAUGCAUCAGAUGAUGAUGGUGUGAUGGAGACUGAAUGUGAUUGAUCUGACACAAACAACAUUAUGUGACCAGCAGCAGCCGUCAGGUGUUAAUCUGAGACACAGAGAUCAGACUGAUCAGUGGGGAGCCAUGAAGAGCAUAUCAAAGGCCAGUAACAUUGAUGUUGUGCUGGAGAACGAGUCGGUCUGGAGUCGUUUUCACAGCGUAGGUACAGAGAUGAUAGUAACCGAGCAGGGCAGACGCAUGUUCCCCUGUUGUCGUUUUCGUCUCAGUGGUUUGGACCCGAAACUCAGGUACUUACUGCUCAUGGACGUCGUGCCGUUGGAUGACUACCGCCACAGGUGGAACGGAGAGACGUGGGAACCGGACGGACCUGGUGAACCUCGUAUUCAGAGUCCGCCUUGUUUUCACCCCGAGUCUCCAGCUCUGGGUCAGUACUGGAUGGAUGGUCCGGUGUCCUUCUAUAAAGUCAAAUUAACCCACGGUUCCGUCGACCAGGACGCUUGUGUGGAUUUGCGUCCCAUGCACCGCUAUCAGCCUCGCCUUUAUAUCGUUCCUGUUAGUGUGGGCCACUGCCAGGCAGUUUCAUUGGAGGGCCCAGAAGUCCAGAUGUUUACCUUCACCAAAACAGAGUUUUAUGCGGUGACGAGCUACCAGAAUCCAAAGAUGAAUCAGCUUAAAAUUGACUGCAAUCCUUUUAAGUUGGCCUUCAGAGAAGACGGCGAGAAGAAGUUCAGACACGCUGUGACCGAUUGGCGUCAAACGCAGUCUACUGUCAAUCACAGUCACCGUGAGAACUCAGACAAUAAAGACCACAUUUCAACACACACUUUUGCCAAAUCAAAGUCUGAUGUAGGGGAGGAUCGAGUGUUAUCAGACAGGAAGAGGUUCAUCAGUGAUCAGCUCAUCAGAUGCUUCACAAGAGGAGAUUCGGCACCGGAUGGAUAUGUGUCGUCUUUAGAUUAUUGUGAACAUACUGAACGCUUGAAAUCAUGGGAGGUACCAGCAGGUUCUUCUGAAGCUCGUGGUCUCUCCGCCAAAGACGAAACCUCAGAUCAUGUCUCUAUGAAUGCGUCUGCUCCUUCGAAUGUCUCGGCCCCGACGCCCUCCUCACUUCACGAGAUAAAGACCGUCACCAACCAGCAGAGAUCUGCUGACCUCACCAUUUCACGUCCAUCUGAUAUCUACAUGUCAAGGAGUGUUCAUUGUAGAUCGAAGCGCUUGAGGAGAGCAAGGAAAGCCAAGUCUAAAUGGUGGUCUAAUGUAAAGUAUAAAAAAGCUGCCGUUCAUCUCGGCCCUGCUGACGUGUCCAUGCGGCCGGACCUUGAGGAUGUGGACGGCAUGCUGUUCGUGUCUUUUGGUGUAAAGGAGGCUCUUGAUGUUCAUGUUGUAAAUAGGAGGUCGAUGGAGCUGUCAUCAGCAUCACUUGCUCACAUUCAAACUGAGAACUCGCAGUCUGAUGAAGAAGUUAAUUUACCGCUGGAAGACAUCAUCUCACAGCAGGAGAUCAUCUUACUACAACAUCUGAAGAAGCAGAAGAACAGACAGAUCAUUCAUCCUCUGCUUUACGACGUUGGGCUGAAACUGAACCUUCUAGAUCCAGCUGUACCUGUAGACUUAAAUUAUCUCGGUGUGUCUUUACCUCCACCUGCUGUCAACCGUAACCUGUCCACAUCCUCUGAUGUUCAGUUUGUAUCACGGGCUAGAAAGACAGAUGAUUCAACCAAGAUUAAAGGCUGGAAGGAGAACAUUCAUGAACAGAGCUCGAUGGACAGCUCGAUCAACCGCUCUGCAUUUUUUUCGGAUGAGUUGGAGAAGUAUCUUGAAAGCGAGGCUCAGCAGAUCUGUCAGCGCGCCGCUGUGCUUUCUGCAAGCUCUCCGUCGCCUGUUGUCUACCAGAUGCCUGCCAAAAGCAGCAGUUACGUCCGAACAUUGGACAGCGUUCUCCAGACGCGGGGCUUGACAGCAGCUCCUCUCACCCCUUCAACAGACUCUUACAAGCUGCCCAAUGUGUUGCCUUCUCAAUCUGCUGUGAAAAGGACACCAAGAAACCACAGAUGCUCAAGGAGAUCCAGACAAACCACUCCAGCAACAGUCAGCAACAGACUGAAACCCAGAACCACUCGCCAUUCACCUCAAGACCGUCAUCCUACGACGUCCAGCAACGGAGAGGAGCGCAGACCUCUUAAAGAACUGAGCCCGGGUUCAUCCUUCAAUGACUGUGGUAGAGCUGCUAAAAGGCAAAAGAAGCUCUUUGAGCACGAACAGGAAGCAGUUUUUCAAGGCAAGAGUCGCACUUGUGUCACAACAGAGAGAGCGAAGUUUGCUUUGAGUUCACUGCUGACUUCAGAAAAAUCUGAGACGACAUCGUUCGGUAUGCACCUCGUCAGUGAAGAUGUUUGCGGUAAUGACUUUUGCCGCUUGGGUUGUGUUUGUGAGAGUCUGAACAGAAAGAGACGUGGACCCUUACACUGCAGACGGCUUCAGUGCAUGUUUGGCUGCGACUGCUUCAAGCACAAAGUUUUUCUCAUCCAUCCACCAGAAAGAGGUCAAGCACAAAUCGGGAAGAUGCCGCUUAUGGCUUUCACCAUUGCUGAUCCAAAACUGAAGUGCAGACCUGAUCCUGCGCCCACCAUCACCAGCCUGUGGAACAGAAGAUCUGAUGAUGACGACACAGAGCUCGUCUUUACUCCUGCAGCAGCUCCCGCACUACAAGCAGACGUUCGCUCACGUGUCUAUGUUCCUCGUCCGAAUCCUGUCGUGCAGGAAUUGGAGAAGGAUCCAGUUUACAUGUACUUAGAAAGCAAGAUGACGUGCGCUCGUGUUCGAGAAUACAACAGUAAUCCACCGCCACAGUUUCACAUACUACCUGUCAUGAAGAAUAUACAAGAGCCAGAUAACAAGACCAGUGAAGAAUCUGGACAGCUUCCUACGCAUGGACAUCUGAUGUCUCCAAGUUCAGACGCGAACCCUACAGCGUCUCGAGUGAACACAGGAGAUCCAGAACCCACUAAAGUUCUCGAAAUCAUUUCCGAGUGUAACUGGGAGGCCCAGCGGUCUCUGGUGCUUAAACAACUCUUUCACUCCAUCAAAAUGGACCUCCUCUCAUCUUCUCUCUUCAUCAACAUCUACAAAGUGGAUCUUCUCUCAACAACUCUUAAAAAUGACGAGGGACGCUGCACGUUAAACUACAAGGUCUGCAUCUCCCUCCGACAGAUGUCCAGACUGACGGAUGAGCCAAAGAAAAUCACAAAUGAACGAAAAAUCACCAAUGAACAGACAGAUGUCAACAGUUCUGUUUGUCAUCAAGUCCACAAAUGCAGUACUAAGCAGAGUAGAAAUAUUGAUGAGAAGCAUGUUCCUCUUCAGUCUUGUGUUGUUCCCGCUGGUUGCCUAAAGGCCAGGAUGAAGACGCCUGCGUGCGCCCGUCCAAUUCAGGUCAAUGGAAAAACAUACAGCCAAGCAAAAUUGUUUUUGGGUCAAAUGGGAUCGCUGCAUCCUACAAACCGUCUCGCUGCUUACGUCACUGGCAGGAUGAAGCAAAUGAGUCAAAGUCGGUCACAGGGCAGAUUAAUUUCAGCUGCACAACCACCUGACUCUGCCUCGAACUCUUCAUCAACACCCAAAUAUAUCACUUCACGUAAACCCAGACUAGUUUCUAAUAUUAUCCCAAUCUUCAUACCCCCACCCAAACCUGCAGGAAGUGUCAGCGACGUUUCACCACCCAACCUUGAUCAAGCACCUGCUAAGCCUGAUGUAGUUGUCCCAGCUUCUGCUCUUCCACCAGGUCAGCAGGUCGUCCUGCAGCCGGUCCCAGGUGUGAGUGGGGCAAACAUCUGUCAGUUUAAUGGACAAAUGAUUCAACUAGUUCCUCUGCCGACAGUGUUACCUGUUCAGCUGCACACCAGUCCCAGCUGCAAAGGAAACACUGAACAAGAACCACAAACACCAGGUGUUCAACUACCUCAGAUGAUCCAACCCAAUGAGAAGUCUUUUUCUAAUCCUCUUUCCUUUAUCACUCCAAAGACCUUUUUGCUGCCCGGACUGGCCGGCCUCAGCUUUACUAGUGGCACUACAGUUCACAGUUUACAGAAUGGUCAUCCUGGUAAGCCAGGAAUGUUUUCCUUUCGGAUUUGCCCACCUGCUAAAAACCAGACGGGAAAACCAGGAGAAACUGACUCUACAAUAUUACUCCCUGGAGGCUACAGGUUAAUAAAACUGCCCUCGGCGGAGAACAGCCCAUCUGCAUUUGUUCCCUUAGGAUCUCAUCUGAUCAACAAAUGCACAACAAAAUCCAGGCAAGAUUGUGAAGGUCCUUUAGCAUCUAAUGACUCCAUACAGACAGAUUACCCUGUUACUCUCAGUAAGUCCAAAACCCUCACUAAUAACUCCACUCGAGAGACUGAUAAUAGUUCAUCUAUUGAACCUAACGUUGAACAGAAGAAUCAGAUUGUUUCUUGUCCAGAUAAAGACAGCACGUCACGCUUGAAUGCAAUGAGCCCCAGCCGUGUAGAAGACACUAAUGAAGGUCCAAUGAGACACAAAUCCUCCGUUCAUAUUAAAACAGAACCGAGUGAGAUUCCAACUAACCCUAAUGAACCUGAACACCGUCUGGUAUCUAAAGAUGUUUCUAUUAAAAUUGAGCCACAUGAGUCUAAGACUGAACCUGUUGAUAAUCCAGCAAAUACAGACACAUUGUUUGGUAUAAACCCUGAUAACACCGAACAAAGCGAUGACGAAAACUUUUUCAUUAUUAAAGUAGAGACUUGCGAUGAAACAGUCCCCGAUCACACUAAAAACAACAGGAGCCCAGAGAAAGAAGACUCGACAUCCAGCCGCCUAAACACGGAUGUACAGGUCCAACCCCCUGGAAAUAGUUUUCCACUUCUCAAAACGGGUGAUGGCCCAGUUUCAAGUGCGGUCUUCAGACAGUCCAUUAAUGGCCCAAGACGGACUAUCAGAUCUUUCAUCUUUUCUGACACCCUAAAGGACUUCCAGCUAGAUUCAAGGGACAAUAAAGUUGAAAUACGCAAGUGGCCGUUUAAACGAAAGCAGCCAGCUGAGAACUCCGAUGAGGAAGAUGAAGAAGAAGCACAAGAUGAUUGUAACUCUUCAGUUGAUGGUGAAUUAAGUUCAAGCUUCAAUGACUCUGAUAACAUCCCCAUGUGUUUCGGUGAUGAUUGGACCACAGAUGACAGUAAUGAGACGUGUAGUGAGGAAGAUAUUGACAUUGAGACGUAUGAAGAGAACAAUGAAAGGAUGAACAUCUUUCGGUUACGGGCAGAGGCCAGAAGGAAAUCACAGAAAGUAAAAAAGCACAGACGACGACCAAGAGAUAAAUCGAGUGGAUUUAAGGCAAGACGGACGGAGCGUGAUGCAGUAGAGCGUGCGUCUGAUCUUUGUGUGUAUAAGCGAGCUUGGCAUCUGAAUCAAUCGGCGAGGAAUCGGAAACGCCGCAUGGAGUUACAUCAGUACUUUAUAUCAUUAUACAGAACUGUAAAUGUUAAAGAACAGAAGAUGAACAUUAAAGAUGUUCUGGAUCAGGCUCGUCAUACGAUUGAAGCUCUUGAACGCUGUAGCAGAUCUCUGAUGGACCAGAAGAAAUCUUUGCUUCAGAAACAGUCCAAUUACAAUGCGUUGAUUUCACAGCUCGCUGCAGCAACAGCAGGAACAAUCUCACAACAAGAUGGCCAACAAACUGCACAAGAAACACAUUUACACAAACAUUCAGUUGUGUCAGUGACCCAUCGGAGACCCGUAGGUUUGCCCAAACUAGUGCUGCAGUCAUUUAACAACAUUUAGAUCAUGUUGUGAGUCGGCACACCGCAUGGACAUCACCUUACAUUUCAAGAGGUGCAAGAUGGACACAACAGACAAACAAAAUGUAUCUCCUCGUGAAGAAGAGCUUUUCUAAAUGAUGGAGAAAGCUGCUUAUGAUCAUGUGACACAACUCUCACAUCUGCCCAUAAUGAAUACAGCUGAUAUUUGAAUCUGCUACAGAUAAAAGAAAAGCAAACGUUUACCUCAUUGUUACGCUUUAUAUAGUUUGCACAUAUGAAUGAAUGAAUACUACUGGAGGACCUCAUUGAAACCCCACAUUGGGGGGCAGCAUUAUUAUGGCAUCUUGUUCAAUAUUAAACAUUGCACAAACUGUGAAAUUUAUUACUUUAGAUUUAGAUUUUUUAUUAAGUUUUGUCAAUUACUGAAUUUUCGGAGGGCGUUUUGUAUCUACUGACUUUAUUAUUCAAAUUAUGUUAUUAAAAGUGCUUUAAAUGUAUUUAAAUUAAAUUCAAAUAU